GUUGCUUAUAUCAAGUAAAAACUGUUAUGAAAUCGGACUGCUAUUCAGCAAUUUUAAGAAUUUUUCAAAUUAUUGUUCAUUAUGAAAUAUAUAACUUGAUUUAAAUAAAUAAAUAUUGAAUUUAUUGACAGUCAGUUGUGUAUGUAAUGAAAGUUUUCACUUGCGAAGUGGUUAACUAGAUUAGAAUUGAGUUUUGACAACUUGAGUGGAAUCCGGAUGCUUGCAUAGCCCAUCAUAGGUAUUAUAAAUUUGUACUUAUUGAAGGAGAUAAGGAGAGAGGACAGAUAUGGAGGAGAGCGGGGAGACCAGUGGUGUGGCGACUGUAAGUGAAUCUGAAACAGUAGGGAAGCAAAAGUUUCAUGUUGACAUGGAUCUGAUCCAAUCCACACAACUGAAUGAUGAUACUGAUGACUUGAAGGGACUUGAUAUAGAAGUCUUCAACCAAGAAGAUUUUGAAGAAGGUGUAAUGAAACAAGUGGAUGAUGCAAUUACAAAGGAAGAAGAAAAAAGGAAAAAAGAAUCUUUAAAGAAAGAAAUGAAGAAAGUUAUUGAUGAUAUCAGAUCUUUGAAGCAUGAAUUGGCAUCAAUUGCUACCCAGCUGGCUCAGUUAGGUCAGGGCAAGUCAUUUGCUACUGGUGGUGCUAACAGAAGACUUGUGUCUGUGAAAAAACAGAAGGAAACAAAGAUGUUAGAAAUGAAAGCUCUAGAAGACAAGAAGAAAAAGAUUCAGGCCAGACUAGAUGGAAAAGCUCCUUUGUUUGAUGAAAGUGAAAUAGCUUUGAAGUCAGUUUUAGGAUCAUCAGGGAAUGAGACUAAAGACAAACUGAUCAAAACAGGGGAGAUGACUCCAUUUGGUUCUGUUGUAAAUCAACAAAAUUUAACAGAAGGCACUGAUAUACAUAUUAAGACAGAGCCUACUGUAGAAGAUACAAGUGAAACCCUUGAUCGUCCAAGCACCAAACAUGUUGUUAAGAAAGAACAUGAAAUAUCCGACGAGGAUGAAGUUGUUAACGAUAGUGAUGGUGAGGAAUGGUUGCCUAGUGACCAGGAUCAACUUGUUGAUAGUGAUAUUGAAGAACAAGAAGUUGUGAAACGUGAAGACGCAACUGUUAAGAUAGAAAAAGAGAAGAGAAACAAGAAGAAAAAAAAAUGGUCAAAGGUUCAUAAUCGACCCAUUUACCAUAGUCAUAGUGAGGAUUCGGACGAGGGUGGUGAUGAGAGAGUGCCGAGGGCAAAGGCAAUUAGGAAGUAUAGAGAUGAUGGUCACGAGGAAUAUUAUGAAGACAGAAUGGAAAAGUUUCACAAGAGUGAGUUAUGGAAGCAGAGAGCGCGGGAGGCGGGUCAGAUGAGUGACUCUGAGGAUGACGAAGAGUUUGAUGGUGGUAUGAAAGUACCAGGCAGAAUCUGGAGUAAAUUAUACAAAUAUCAGAAGACCUGUGUAAAAUGGUUAUGGGAGCUACAUUGUCAGCAAGCUGGUGGUAUUGUAGGUGAUGAGAUGGGACUGGGAAAGACAAUACAGGCUAUAGCUUUCCUAGCUGGCCUAAAAUACUCCAGAUUGAGGAGUAGAAACUUCAAUUAUGUAGGUCUGGGACCAUCUAUUAUUGUAUGUCCUGCUACUGUAAUGCAUCAGUGGGUUAAGGAGUUUCACACAUGGUGGCCGUCUUUUAGAGUAGCUAUCCUACAUGGUUCCGGAACAUUUGUCGGAAAAGAGAGAGAUUUGAUACGUCAGGUAGUUAAGAGUAGUGGUGUUCUAGUGACGUCAUACAGUACACUAGUUCUUCAACAAGAUAAUUUACUACCUUAUGACUGGCAUUAUAUCAUCUUAGACGAGGGACAUAAAAUACGAAACCCUGAUGUCAAGGCCACUCUUGUAUGUAAACAGUUCCGUACACCACACCGGAUCAUCUUGUCUGGUUCACCAAUACAGAACAAUCUGAAGGAACUGUGGUCAUUGAUGGAUUUUGUGUUUCCUGGGAAACUUGGCACAUUGCCAGACUUUCUGCAACAUUUUGCUGUACCUAUUGUACAGGGAGGUUACUCUAAUGCAUCUGAUGUUCAGGUUCAGUCAGCAUACAAAUGUGCGUGUGUUUUGAGGGACACCAUUAAUCCAUACCUCCUACGUAGAAUGAAAGCUGAUGUGAAGAUGAACAUAAAUCUUCCAGGCAAAAAUGAACAGGUUUUAUUUUGUCGGCUAAGUAAGGAGCAGAGAGAAGUGUACGAGGAAUAUCUAGCGUCGAGAGAAUGUCAUGAAAUACUGCGAGGAAGACUUUUGGUAUUUUCUGGACUAAUACAAUUGCGAAAGAUCUGUAAUCACCCUGACCUUGCUACUGGAGGACCAAGAGUAUUUGGGGGAGAUAACUCUGACAAUGAUCCGACACAGGAAUAUGGUUACUGGAAGAGAGCUGGCAAGAUGAUUGUUGUUGAUGCUUUACUGAAACUCUGGAAAAAACAAGGACAUAGAGCUCUGCUCUUCACACAGAGUAAACAGAUGUUAGAUGUAAUAGAGAAGUAUGUACAGGAGAAGAGAUAUACGUAUGUAAGAAUGGAUGGUGGUACAGGAAUAUCCUCCAGACAACCUCUUGUACAACGAUACAAUACAGAUCCGAGUAUUUACUUGUUCCUGUUGACAACAAGGGUAGGAGGUUUGGGCGUGAAUCUUGUUGGUGCUAACAGAAUCAUCAUCUAUGAUCCAGACUGGAACCCGAGCACUGACAUGCAGGCAAGGGAGAGAGCUUGGAGGAUUGGUCAGAAACGUCAGGUGACCAUAUACAGGUUACUGACCACAGGAUCUAUAGAGGAAAAAAUUUACCACAGGCAAAUAUUUAAGCAGUUUUUAACCAACAGAGUGUUAAAGGAUCCUAAACAGCGUAGAUUAUUUAAAACAAAUGAUCUGUAUGAAUUGUUCAGUCUCGGAUUGAGUGAUGAUAAAGGGGAGACAGAAACCACGGCAUUAUUUGCUGGGACCGGCUCUGACGUCUCGGUCAAAACAGUUAGCAGCAAAAACAGAUUUGAUAAAAUAAAGGAAGAGAAGAAGAGGUUAGAGAAAGAGAAGGAAGAAGAGAAUUCUGACGAUGUGGAGAGAAACACCAAUGCCGAGCUUAACUUUGAUAAAGAUGAGAUUAAGAGAAUGAGAGAAAUGGCGAGAAAACUGAGCCAGAAAAUGGAACGAGAUAAAUUCUCUAAAUUAAUGAACACUUCAAAAACUGGAUCAGAUUCAGGGUCGGACUCUAAGAGUAAAAAAUCUGAGGGUGCAGACUGUGCUGGUACCAGUUCUAAAGGAAUGUCCAAUACAGAUAAAUCUCAGGAAAGUAAGAAAGCUAUAUCAGGAUCUAGUGUUCAGGAACCAGGUUCAUUCAGUGAUAGAGACAAGUUAAAACAGUUUAAGAUAAAAAAGAAACCAAGUUCAGAGUCAUUGAAUGUUGCGGGGACUAGUGUAAAUGAAUUGUCUGACAGAGUGAAAGAUAAUGUUAGAGACUGUGAUAAAAGUAAAGAGAAUGAUAACAAAAGGAAAUCAGACAGAAAAGAGAGAUCGACCGGGGAACCAGGGGAGAAAAAGUCAAAGGGCAGAGAGGAACAGAAAGUAGAUAAACAUAAAAAGAAAAAGAAGAAACAUAAAAGGAAAGAUGCGAAGUUUGAAGGAGAGAGAAUUCCUCAUUUAGAUAAGACCAGGAACUAUACAGCACCAUCAGAAACACCUCAACAAGCUCAGGAAUCCGAGGCAAUGGACAACUAUGUCCUGAAAACUUUAUUCAAGAAAACAGGUAUCCAGGGGGCGUUACACCAUGAUAAAGUGAUGGAUCCAGGUCAGUCAGACUAUGUUAUUGUAGAAUCUGAAGCUGAUAAAGUAGCUAGGGAGGCAAGUUUAGCUCUGAAGAAGUCUCGGACACACUGUCUCCCAGCAACAGCUGGAGUACCAACUUGGACGGGACAACAUGGUGUGAAAAGGCCAAGAUUCGGACAGAAAAAGAACACAAUUUUACAGACAGCAUUAGAAAGACCAUUAAAAUCAACUCCAGUCAAGGUGGAAGAUGACAGUACAGAAGGGUCCCAGGAUCAGCAUUUUGAUGGUUCCCUAGCAGGCAGUGUACAGACUAACCUUAAAACGGGAACCACAGUGUCGUCUGCUGUCUCAUCUACAGAUCUGCUCAAUAAAAUGCGAGUUCGUAAUGAAGUGUUCUCCAAGACUGCGGGUGAAGAAGGUGCGGACGAUGAUGAUAAUGUAGACGUGUUUGUGUCAGACCCGAGCUCUCUAGAUCUCAUUAAACGUAUGAGAGAGUUUAUCAUGUUUGAAUGUAAGAAAUUUGGACAAGCUUCAACGAAGGAACUGUUGGACGAGUUUGGUUCCAAGCUUCCCUCAGAGGACUCUGCCAAGUUCCGAGCUUUGUUACGCAGUAUCUGUGAUCAGGAAAAAGUGGACGGAGGUCUAGUGUGGAAGUUAAGAAGGGAGUUUAAGUGAGAACAUGGUGUAUGAUAAAUUUUAAUAUCUUUUACAGGAUACACUAAAGUGCAGGUCUGUUUUUGUUAUCACAAUAUCGUGGAGGCAUUUUACACUAAAAUACACUUCAGUGUAUUUUUAAAUGUUGAAGAUUUACUUUGUGUUCAGAAAUUUAAAUUUUGAGACUUUCAUAUAGAUAAAAUUACCAUAACUAUAACAUUGUUGCUGUUUAUAUCUAUUUGUUUUUGAUAUUAAUCUAUCAAUUUAAAAGUUUCAUCGACAUAUAUGUAAAAAAAAAAGUUCACCAUAACUCAGUGUGAAUUCGGCCUAAAAGAAGUUUGAAUUCAGCCAAUAAACAAGUUUUUUUCUUAUGGAACUACCUGUGGGGUAAAUUUCUUGUUUUUAUGGUUGUAAGAUCUUCUUGUUAUUGUAACUGUCAUUUAGUAAUGCAUUUCUUUUUAUCAUUUAGGUUUUUAGAAACUCCAAAUAUACUUAUGGUGUAUAUCAAAUGACAUUGUCUUUCAUCAUAAUGUUAGUAAUGGGCAAUAUUGCAAAAAAAAAAAAAAAAUCAAGAAGCUAAAUUGUUCAUUUAUUUUAUUGAAAGUUACUAUUCAUACAUGUACGAUGUUAAGUAGUGCAGCCAAGUUACAAAUAUGUUGUUAAGAUAUUUUCUGUUGCAUUUAUUUAGUUACUGAAAGCUAUGGCAAAACUUCAUUUUGUUUGUAGCUACAUAAAAUUCUCCCUACGUGUAUAGUAUAUACUACUAGUUUUUGUAUAGUUUAUACUACAAAGUUUUAGCAUGUUUUACUAGAUUGUUUUGGAAAAAAGCAAGUUUUUAAAUUAAAAAAUAAAAAAUACUUAUUUGUUUUAAAGCUUAACGAAAUGAUGUUGAAUAGUAUUACAUGUGUUAUGAUUCAUUAAGAUGAAUGAUUUAUGUUGUAGAUACAGUAUAUCUGCAAUAUUUGAUGAAGGAUACACACUCUAGAGAUGUAUGUUUGUUGUAAAUAAGACAGUCAGUACAGAUGUAUAAAUGUACACAAAUGGUUACUGUAUAAGAAUUCCAAAAUGUUUUUAAAUUGUUUAUUUUAUAAAGCAUUGAACCUCAAUUAUUAAGAUUACCUACAUGAUUUUAGUGCUAUAUUUCAUGUAUAUAUUGUACAAAUGGUAUUGUAAGACUAUCUUUAUUUAUAAAAACGUGUAUUUGGUUCUCAUAGAUUAGAACAUAUCACAUUCUUGUGCCUGAUACUUCUGCCUAGUAAAAUCAAUUGUGGAUAUUGAAAGAGUGUAGGUUCAAUACUGAAUUAAUUGAACAAGUUGAAUAAAAUUGUAUUAUGCGAGCCUCUGGUAAGAAAAAUAUUAUUUUAUUCAAUGAGUUCAAUAAAUUCAGUAAUGAACCUACACGAAUAUGAUGUUCUAUUUAUCACAUACCCAAAAUAAAGACUGUUUAAAGUGCAAAAGAAUAAAUUUUCACUAUAGUGUAAUGCUAACAUUUAGCGGGUCUUUAUACUGAUUUUGUAUAACAUUAACGUCACAUUAAAAUAUACGCACGGCCAUGCAGUACCAUUU